CUGGUUUUACAGUUCAUUUCAGGAAUAGGCGAGAACAUUCGACUGACAAUAGCUGAUGAACAGACGCAUUUGCCUUCUGGUGCUGAAAUAACAGAGAUAUGGGCUCGCGAGGCAGAACACUUUGAUUUCGAACGCCCUCAGUGGAGUCCUAGAACGCAGCACUUUACACAGAUAGUUUGGAAAGAGACAUUCGAAAUGGGUAUUGCACGUCACUGGAAUACCAACAAGAACUGCGUCGCGAUCGUUGCAUUUUAUCGACCGUCUGGCAAUUCAAAUGCUCCUGGUGAAUUUCAAAUCAAUGUGCCGUCGAAAGCAUAUUUUGAUGAAAUCCCGGUAUCAUCCAGGACACCACUGCGCUGCGUUGCAUCGGCGAUACGACGAACAGCAACCACUCAGGAAUCCGUGUCGCAUAAUCCUCCCUCUGCUACUGAUAAAUGUUAA